AUGACUUCUCCAGUUGUACCGCUGCACAGCGCCAUCACAAAGGAGCAGUUCGCGUCUUACCUAAAUCAGUACCCGGCCGUCGUCGAGGCGAUAUCCCGGUCCAAGGGCGCCAAGGAUGGGCAAAAGACGCUCGCUGAGCUGGACCAGUAUCGCUAUGUGGAUGCCGUGGAGACGUUUGGCCUGAAGAAGCAGAAGCGGGAAAUGGAUCUCGAUGAUGUCAAGAUGCUCGUCGAGUGGAAGCUACGCCACGGCAAGUUCCGCCCAACGCUCAUGUCCCUCGUCUCCUCCAACCCCCCCUCAUCCUCCCAACAAACAAUCCAAUUCGCCAUCAAGUUCUACGCAAGCUCCAAAGACGCCGGCAGCGCCAUCAGGAUGCUCUCCGAACUCAAGGGCGUCGGCCCCGCCACCGCGUCCCUCCUGCUGUCCGUCCACGACGCCGACAACGUCAUCUUCUUCUCCGACGAGGCGUACUACUGGCUGUGCUGCGGGGGCAAGAAGGAGUCCAUCAAGUACACGCCCAAGGAGUAUCUCGCUCUGCGGGCGGAGGCUGAUGCGCUGAUGAAGAGGCUGGGCGUGUCGGCGGUGGAGGUUGAGAAGGUGGCGUAUGUGUUGAUGAAGCAGCCGGAGACGAUGAAGGAGUCCAAGGCAGACGUGACAGCAAAGACAGCGACUCCUGCUACGUCGUCAUCGUCCAAGAAGAGGAGAACGGCGUCUAGUGAAGGGAGCGACAAGAAGGAAAAGAAAUCACAAGUGACUGCCAUGAAGAAGGAUACGACUGAGGAGAAUACGGCUCUGAGACGGUCAAAAAGGCUGAGGAAGUGA